CCCAGGACGUCGGCCCACCACAUGCAGGGUCCGGGCCAGCUUGCACCCCGGGCCCCGUCUGUGGCCCCCAGUCGCCGAUGGUCACCGACUGUGUGACCGAUGCACCGCACUCCGACGUUGUGACCCACGGUCCCAUCUUGUCGUCACCGGUGACGCCUGUUCUGAAAUUCAGAAUCGGUCUGUGCGGAGAGGAUGAGCACAGUCUCCGUCAGCGUCUGAGAAUGCGUGCAAUGGCUAUGGCCGAAGGGCUCACACCGUCUAUGAACUCUGACACGAUGCCUUCCCAGCAGCAUGAGUCAGGCAGUGCAGCUACGAUCUUGCCCAUUACCCAAAUGACUCACCUCGUGUCACCGGAGUCGUCGUGUGAUGGUGCUGUCAUGCAGCAGCAGUGUCCGCCUGCCGCCUCAUCUGAGUACGUCCUGAACCGAAUCAUCCAGGACAUUGAGGCUGGUGUGCGUACACCGGAGUCCGAUUAUGUGAAUGUCGGAGGUGAGGCUGUUUCAUUGCACACAAGCCCCUCGCACACACCUUCCGCAUUGCACACUCCCGGCGGUGUACCCGCGGCCACUCCGUCCCCAUUCGUCAGGGAGUCCGGAACGCAUGACACAGCACCGAGGUCUGGAUCUUCUCCAAGCCCACCUGCGGCCAUCCCGUCCCUGAUCAACGGCAAUGUGUCAUCUCACACACCGCCUUCCGUAGCAGUCCCGUCAGGGACACGUGCGGGCGGGCCGUCCCGGAACCCGCGUCGAAGGCCGUCUUCGGGGGAGAAGAGCACGGACCGGUGGGGGGAGACCGAAACUCAGUGGUUGUGCCGGUUCCGUAACGAAGUGAAGGAGUUGAUGGGCCAAGAGACUGAGGCGUACGGGCGUGCGAGGCUGAAAGCUGGUUUUUGGAAGAUAGUGGAAGAGCGCAUGCGUGCGAAGGGUUACAACCGAGACCACGAGCAGUGCAAGAACAAGUUCAACCAGAUCCCCGACUACUACAGGAGGUUGAGGGCGCACGAGGGCUGUUGGUACGACAUCAUACACCCGGUGGAGAAGGACAAGGAUUCUAUUAACCUGACGAAUCUGAUGGAUUCCGGGGCAGACGACGAGCGUGUUGAAAACGGAGAGGGGGUCAGUGACAGGGACGGGGCCAUGGAAGGUGGGAGCGAAGACAACGGAUCCGGGUAUGGCGUUUCCCCCGGAGGCUCGCAGUCGACGGGUUUUGAGCCGACGCUCGGCAAACGAAAAAGAGGUGCCGCCAAUGCACGCGAAUCCAGUGUGCAGGCUGUGACAGCUGCUAUGCGUGCUCACACGACUGCGCUGACUCGAUCGGACAUGGAGUGCGCGAAGAUGCGCUGUCAAGCAACUCGUGACAUCGCUAAGCAGCAGGCUGACGCUAAUCGCGAGCUACUACAGCAGGACAUAGCUUCACGCGAGAGGAUUGCUACCAUCAUGGGGGACAAGGUAGAGAACGGCUAUUACGUUCUUGCGGAUGCCAUUCGCARCUUGYGUCCACCRACACAUAGUCCGUCUACUGAUCCUGAAAGCGGCGAUGACCGGUAGUGUAGCGUUCGGCAGACAGU